AUGAAAGCCAAUCUGCCAAAAGAGUUUAGGGUGCAAAUUGUUUUUAAUAAUGACAUCCUAAAUGAGUUAGAAGCUGAAAGACCUUCCGAAGAAAUGAUAGAUAGAUAUCGUAAUCUAUUUGAAAGCAACAAGAUCAAAUUAAAAGCUUCAAUGGUUAUGGAAAAAAGGGGUCGUGGCAGACCUCCAAAAUAGAAAUCACCUAUUAUAGAUGAAUCCAUUGAAGAUGAAAUUUCUAAUGGCGAAGAUGAUGUGCCUGAUGAUGAAUUUGAAGAGGAAAUGGAUCUUGAAAAUGAUGUUAACUUAUCUGUCUCUUCAAAAGAAAAGAAGUUUACUAAAAGACAAAUGCAUAUGUAUAGUUUGGGCAAUUUGGAUGGAAGUGAAUUCCUAUAAUUGCCUUCGAAAAAUUCGAAAUCUAAGAAAGACUUGGCUUUCACAGAAGAAGAGAUGAUAUCCAAAAGUUAGAAAGAACUACAAAGAAAAGAAAAAUUACAGAAGCAACAAGAAGAACAAAAGUAAAUGACUGUCGAUAAAAUCUUGAAUGAAAUAGGAAGAAAAUAAAAGCAAAGACAAUAAUAAGAAGACAAAAAAACAGAAGACACUCACAAAUAUAGAUCUCUACCUCAAAAUGAUAUCAUCAUCAAAUACAAAUCUAAUAGCGAAGGUACAUUUAUCAUAAUGCCAAAAUAUAUGAACUCAUCUUUACCUAAUCCCUCAAAAAUGAUAGUUGAAGAUGAUAAAUAUUGCUCAAAUUGUUCUAAUCUAGCUAGAUAUCGUAUUCCAAAAAUGUAAUAGAAAGCAUGCAGUCUUGAAUGUUAUAAAUUAAUAAAACAAUAAUGA